AUUGCUUUUAAUACGUCCCAAAGUUUCCUGCUUUUUGGUGCUCCAACCUCGUAAACCAGAGUAAAGCUCGUCUCUUUUUGCUUACUCACCAAGUUAUCUACUUUUUCAGUGAUCAAUAGUUAAGUACAGCCCACUCUCAGCUUCCUCUCAUCUCCGAUUUUCGAUUCAUUUCCCAGCCAUCCACACACCCAGCGAGGAUUGUCUGAGUACAUUCUUUUGGUUUUGGACGUCAGUUUCUGUUGAUAUAGCAUGGCAGAUCAGUACUCCAAUGAAGGUUCCAGAACUGGAAAUGUUUCUGGGGAAAGCUCAGAUUUGACUGUUCAGCUCAAUAUCAAGACUCUUGAUUCCCAGGUCUACAGUUUUCAAGUGGACAAAAAUAUGCGUGUUUCGUUGUUUAAGGAGAAAAUAGCUAAUGAAACUGGCGUCCCAGUUGGUCAGCAACGGCUGAUUUUCAGGGGAAGGGUCUUAAAGGAUGAUCAUCUUCUCUUGGAUUAUCAUGUGGAGAAUGGGCAUACCUUGCAUUUAGUGGAGAGGCAGCCAUCACAGGCACAACCUUCUUCUGGUGCAGGUUCUGGAGAGGCAGCUGGGAGUAAUGGUAGCAGAGGGAGUGAUCCUAGUACCGGCAACCCUCGUAAUCGCAUUGGGCAAAUUUCACACAGUGUAGUUCUUGGGACCUUUAAUGUUGGGGAGCAGGCUGAAGGCGUUGUUCCGGACCUUUCCCGGGUUAUUGGGGCUGUUCUGAAUUCUAUAGGACUUGGCGGCCAGACUACAACUGUUGGUACUAGUGGCACACAGUCUUCUACUUUGCCAAAUGAUGCUGGCCAGGCUCCUCGAGGAAAUGAAACAGAAGGGAUACGUGGCAAUGUUGGAAUUCAGAUCCAAGCAGGAAAUCAAGCACAGUCUGGGCAGGCAUUUUCUGGUCAUCCAUUCCAAUCUUUACCUCAAGUCGUGCAAAUCCCUUUGGCUACAGCAGCAGCACCUGUUCCUUCCCUUCAUGUGCCUAUUCCUGAUUCUCUGAGUACUCUUUCCGAGUUUAUGAAUCACAUGGAGCAAACAUUUUUGCAAAAUGGGUAUCAGCCGAAUCCAUCUUCAACCAAUGCUGGUGACCCACCGAGGGUGGAAUUACCUUCCAAUGCGCAGGGGUUGCGUACGCCUGAAGCAUUGAGCAUUGUCCUACGCCACGGGCAACGACUUCUUGGUGGUCAAGCAGCUGCUGCGCUAUCUCAUAUUGCAGUACGCUUGGAGCAAGAGGGAUCUUCUUCUGAUACCACAAUAAGGGCCCAAUUACAGGCAGAGUCAAUACAAUUAGGGCUUGCAAUGCAACAUUUAGGUGCUUGGCUUCUUGAGCUUGGUCGCACAAUUUUGACACUGCGAAUGGGACAGUCUCCAGCGGAAUCUGUUUUGAAUGCAGGACCUGCAGUUUACAUAUCUUCAUCAGGGCCUAAUCCUAUAAUGGUUCAGCCUUUUCCUCAUCAAACCAGCUCCUUCUUUGGUGGUUCUGUUCCUCAAUCAAAUCCCGGCCCUGUUGGUAUAGGGAUUACUCCAAGGCACAUUAACAUUCAUAUACAUGCUGGUACUUCGCUUGCGCCAAUUGUUUCUGCAGUUGGUACAAGGGCCGGUAGUGCAGAAGUAAUGCAGGGAGAACGUCAGAACGGUGCUGGUUCUGGUGAUUCCAGUGCAACAAGGGUGCUACCUACAAGAAGUGUCAAUCCAGUGGUUGGCGCAUCACAUCCUAGUGGUCUUGCAGGUUCUGGUUUUGACUCUGUUUCACUAUCAUCUGUUACGGUGAUCCUAUUUCUGUUUUUUCUGUUUUUAUUAUUGGAAUCUUGUGCUGAUUUAUUGAUUAACCAACUCGACCAAUUGAGUAAUAUUAAUGCUUUAACUGGCUUGAAAGAUGUUUCUGCCUCCUCUGGAACUUCUCUGAGUUGUUUAAGUGGAGGAACUGAAGCAAAGUCUGACUUUCCUCAGGAAACUACUCUCAGAUCUGAUCAGAAGCAUGAUACAACUGAGGGUGCCAAAGCUGUUCCGCUUGGUUUAGGGCUGGGAGGUUUGGAACGUAAGAGGCGAGGCAUGCAGCAAAAGUCAAAGGUCAUGGGUGGUGAUAGGGGGACCACUAGUACUUCUGAUGAUCAGAAUCAGCAGAUAAGAAAAAGCGGCCAACAGAUUUUGCAGUCUCUAGCAUCUCGUAGCUCUGUUGUAAAUAAUAUGAAUGCAAAUGAACGGUCCCCAGAGCAGCUACCCUCUCCAAUUGAUAUGGCAGGUCUGAUGUCUCAGGUCAUGCAAACUCCUUCAUUGAAUGGUUUGUUGACUAGUGUUUCAGAGCAAGCUGGGGUUGGCUCUCCUGAUUUCUUGAGGAAUGUGUUGCAACAGCUCUCUCUGAGCCCCCAGAUGAGGAACACAGUCAGUCAAGUUGUUCAACAGGUUGAUAGCCAAGAUCUUGGAAGCAUGUUUGCUGGGCUUGGAAGAGGCCAAGGUGGUGGCCUUGAUUUGCCUAGGAUGUUCCAACAGAUGAUGCCCGUUGUUUCCCAAGUCCUCAGAGGUGGAUCAACCCACUCUCAGUUUUUUCCUGCCAUGGAAGCUGAAGCCCAACCGCACUAUAAUGAGCCAAGGAUGGGCAAUGAUGACAAACAAAAUGAACAAAACUUCCAGACCAAUCUCCAACAAGUGGCUCAGAGGAUUGAGCGACUGAAUCCACCCGGAAAUGUUUUCCAUUCUGUAGUUGAAAAUGCAGCUCAGUUAUCUGGCAGAAGUGGUUCUGAAGAUCUUAUUAAUGAAUUGUGCAGCGAUGAAGGUCUUGCUAACGAAUAUAUGGAGAUGUUGCACCGUGAUGUUCAUCAACGACUUCAUGGCGAGUCUAGGCCGGACAACUGCUCACCAUAGGUUUUGCUGGUAAUUAUUGAAUCUACUAGGGGUUUAUUUGCAGUUACUUGGCGUCUUUGUACAAUGUAGGUUUGUUAUAUGGUUUGCUUUUGAUUUAUAGUUGAUAUAUUUUGUUAAGAGUCACUUAUCUGGUUCAUAGUUGUAUCAAAUUACUAUCACAAAUUAUUGAGUUGAUAAUAUUUUAAGACCAAAGGGAUAUUAUGCA